GUGUUUCCUCCUGUUGUGCGGACACCCUGCUGAUAUUUGACAACCACGAUUACCACGAACACUUUGCCAUCUUAGAAUUUUGACUAUACUGUAGUUUUUCCUCACGAAAAUGGCCAAAAGUAGCGACGAUGAACAGGAAUGGAUGGAUGACUUAGAGGCCUCUGUAUUAAUGAAUGAUGCCAAAACACCCAGUGACGUACUUCGAAUUUGCAAAGGAAAGCCUAUCAAUGAAAAUCUACGACCUAUUGCCUGGCAGAAGUGUCUAGAUGUGGGCCGCAGUGCUUUCCAUGCUCCCCUGAGUGAAAUAUUUGACUUACCUGAACAGAAAUUACUUCGCCAAGACUGUCAACAAUUUGUUGCAAAACUUGGCAAUGAUGACGAAGACAAAGUAUCUGUUAUGUCUGAUCUUGAAACCAUAUUGACAACGUAUCGUAAAAUUAGUAAUAUUUCUUAUGAAAGUGGCAAUGGUUGGCUGGAGCUAUUACUGCCAUUACUUGCCCUUAAAAAGCCUCAAAAUGAAACUUAUUCCCUCUUUGCUGCUCUGCGGACUUUAUACAUUCCAAACGGCUGUGGCCAUAAAAGCGGAGAUCCUUUUCACCUAUUUAGACUUCUGUUAUUAUAUCAUGAUCCGGAACUCUGCUCUUUCCUGGAUACUAAAAAAAUUACUCCAGAUUUAUAUUGCCGAUCAUGGUUCCAGACUUUGUUUGCAGCCAACUGCAAUCUAACAGUGGUGCAGGCUAUGUGGGACGUUUACUUCCAGCAUGCAGAACCAUUCUAUUUAUUUUUCCUUUCAUUAGUGAUGGUGAUUAAUGCAAAGGAACAAAUUAUGAGCUUGGAAAACAGCAGUAAAGAAGUCCUAGUUGAAAUGGUGUGUAACAUGCCCAGUCAACUUGAGCUUGAUGAUGUCCCUGACUUUUGUGCUCUGGCUCACUAUUAUGGACUGAAAACGCCAUCAUCUUUCCGAAAGGAUCUACUUGAUAAAAUGUUCGGGGAUGAGGCUCUUCACAAUAUAUUACACGGAACCAUGAAAAAUAGUUCUAGUUCAUCCACUCUUACAUCACCAGUGGAAGACAGAGAUAUUAACCUCCCGCAGCCUCUUUCUCAAGCUCUUUGCCUUCCUGUGUGUGCUGCUGAACUAGUAGAUUCUGUCUCUUCUUCUGCAUCGGGAGCUCCAAUGACAGAUCAAGCUGACGGGCUCAUUGUGGAGACGGUCCGUUUCUUUUUAGUUGACUGCCGGCCUGCUGAGCAAUACAACUCAGGACAUCUUCCCACUGCUUUCCAUCUUGACUCCACUUUAAUGCUUCAGGAACCUGCAGCUUUUGCAACUGCAGUUCAGGGGUUAUUGUCUGCCAGACGACAAGCACAAGCUGCCGGUUCUGCUGCCGCUGGUGACCAUUUGUGCUUCUUAGGGUCAGGUCGCAAUGAAGAGGACCAAUAUACCCAUAUGGUUGUCUCUUCCUUCCUACAAAAACAGAAGCAAAAUGUUAGUAUGUUAACUGGGGGAUACAAAGCUGUCCAUGAAUAUCUUGGAGAUUCUUUAAGCGAAAAUUUAGAGCAUCACAACUUUAGCAGCUGUUUGGUGUGCAAGGCAAACACUAUUCAACCUUUGGAGUCACCACAAGCACAAACUCCAACUGUGGAUAUUUUUAGCAAACUAAGCGCUGCUGUUUCCAAACUUAAAACUUCAGAAGUCAAAGGGAAAUUGUUGGAUUACAUUGUAAAUCCCGCUGGGAGCUCAGGCAAGCCGCCAGUUGAGAGGCAUGUCCGCGCGACUGACAGGCUGGGCCGCCGGUACCGAAAUGUUGCACCAGUGUUUAGCAUUGAUGAUGACCAGGAACCAUUUGAGACUGCCGGUGCUGGUGGAAAUGAGGAAAAUGGUACUGAUGAAGAAGGACAGCGGGAAAUCAUAAACAUUAGCCAAUGGAGCAAGGAGAAUUCAGUGACGGCUACAUUCCCUUGCCAAGAGUACAAAGUGAACAAUAUGUUUUAUGAUAGUGUUUUGGCAUUGUCGGAAUCCUACAUGUAUGUGCUUCGCCUCGUACCUGGUCGUAAAGGUCAUGCACAGAUUGUAGCAAGAAGGUCUCUUUCUUCAGUUGUUAAGAUAACCUCUCGCAGGAAACAUCCUAACAUGAUUACAUUCAAGUAUGGAGUAUCCCAGGAUGAUGACCUUGUCAUUUCAGAUAUGGAUAGGCUGUUGAUUCCCAACUCAACAGAAGCCAUGAAAACAGUGACCAAGCAAAUUGUAAACUAUUUGAAAACUCAAGAAGGUUAGUCAUUUUGAAUAAGCUAGUAGUCAGUAUUGCUUUCCUAUUAAAGCCCUAUCCCAAAAUAAAAUAGAAACCUUGUUGUUCUUUUUUUCCUCUUUUGUGAUUUUAGUUUCUAAUGUUAUGCAAUGGGUUUCCAUUUUAAAAGAAAUUAUAUAAUAAUUGACAUGUUAUGUUGUGUAAGAGUUAUAGAAAUUAUUUUACUUCCCUUGAGAUUUAGUUGUUACUGAACUUUACUUACCUUUUAUUAAAGUAUCCUGAACUUCCAUGCCUUAUAAUUUUGUUGUUGCCUCAUUAAUAUCUUGUACACUGUAGGUCAUGAUUUUUGUGUGCCUUUAUCUGUGUUCACUGUGAUGAGGCACCUAUUUAUUGAAUCUGUUUUGAGGCAAUUUUUCUCCAUUUCAUAAGUCAUAAAUUUCACCAGUAGAUGACUGACUGUGACUGCUUAUGAUUUCAAUCUGAACUUGCCUAUCUGUACCAUACCAACCACUUGCUGACAAGAAUUUUUUUGUGCCAUGAAGGGUGACAUUUUCUCAUCUCUAGGCAAUUUGUUAAUUAUAACUUUUAAUUAUUUUUUUUCCUGUUGAAUGCCUUGUGUUGCAUCUGUUAUUAUUGUAUUAUGUUGUAUUCUUUAUUUUGUUUUCAAAAUAUCUUUGUGGUAUUUGUGUUACCAGAAAGACACACAGUCUGUUCACUUACUUUCUCCCCAUACAUCACGCUUAAAUCAUUGUUCAUGUUCUUCAUUUGUUGUUCGUACCUCUCUAAUGUAUGGGACACAUUAUGUUCUGAUUUGAGUAAUUCCAAUGUCAAGUAGUCCAAAUGUAUUUUUCCAAUUUAAGGAAGUUUAAAAGCUUCAUCAAUUUUUUAAAACAUUGGAAACAUUUGGAGUUUCCUGUUUUUGUUUCCCUGAUUAUAUUUUGGUUAUUUAGUAACUAUUGAGUUCAAAAAUUGGUGUUAAAGUAAUUCAAAUUAGUAAAUAUUUUUGGUGCCUGUAAGAAAAAUUGUGGAUUGUAAUAGUUACUAUUGUAGAGUAUAAGAAAGACUGUUUGACUUUGUGAGGAGGGGAAACAAACACGAAGAGGGGCCUCACUCACCAUAAGAACUGAUUGCUGAAUAAGAUCAGUUUUGAUUGGUUUUGUACGAAGAGCCCUCUUAUGAUACAUAGGGUAACUAAUUUGUUGGGAGGGAGAAAAGUGAAAAUUUCACAGUAGUCUCCUGACAAGUUUGCAGGUGCUAUAUUUUCUUAACCAAAUAACUGUCCACUUGUUUUGAAAGAGAAAUAUUUUGUGGUCAUGUUUAUAGUUUGCAUCUUUCAAGAGCACAUUUCCAAAAUGUAUUGGGUCUAAUUAAUAGAUAAGUUCUCAGAGGAUGCAACUGUUGUUAAAGAUAGGUUUCCUAGACUGAAAAUUUGUAGUAAUUCUGAUAGAUACAUUAUGCACUUAAGUAGAUUUUACUGAAAGGCCCUGUUGUGUGGUGGCCAAUAUCAAUUUUCACAGGGUUUUAAUUUCCUGAAUUGCCUAAUAUGCUCUCUGCCUUGUUCUUCUUCCUCUGUAAACAGACGAACUUCAUGUUAUCUUCCUUCCUCUUUUGCUUUUCAUGGACCCUCUUCUCCCUUUUAAUGCUGUCCCCCUAUUCAACAUACCUUACAACAGUUAUGAGGUUUAGGGACUGAUACAUUGUAGUAUUAUUUAUUUAUUUUAUAAAAUUUGAGAAAUUAGUUGUGUUUGUGGCAAUGAAUUGUUGUAUGUGGUGAAUAUUUAUUAUAUCUUUGCUGUCCGAUUGUUUUUUACUCCAAGGCAAGGAGAUGCACUCCAUCAUGUUACUAUUGUUUAAUUCGAUUGCAAUCUCUAAAAAGCAAACAAACUUGGAGGUGACAUAGCAACAUAUGGGAAAGCAUUGUUUCAGUACCGUAGUAUUUGUUGAAGAUUCUUUCUCAAACAGUGUCAAAAUAAUUUUUUUUAUUAUUCAAAUCAGAAUGGUCAAAAUACAGUAGCAAUCUUUUCAUUUGGUUUCUUGUUUGUGCCUCUGGGUUACUUUAUUUUUAUUAUCGUCUUGUACUUAAUUGGACAGAAAACUGUUAGUUCUAAUUUUUAACUUACCAGUUCUUCAUAACUGGAUACUGUUACACUGUAGCCUCAUGACUACCUCCUUUCCACGGCAUUUCCACUUUGUGUUAUUUUUGUUUCCCUCAUUUUAGUUUUAUGCCAUACAGACCACAUAGUUUUGAGAACCAAUGGUUUUUACCUGUCUUGUGAUUUUUGAGAAUUAUAUGUUCGCUUGUUGAUUCGA